GUGAGUAAAUUCAUGUACAUUCAGUCUCUCUCGUGUUUUCGACGCCCCUGCAACACCGGACGCCGGUUUGUUGACCAUUAACACCAUGUCUGGGGACAGGGACUAUAUCGGUUUUGCAACACUUCCGGAACAGGUCCACAGGAAAUCGGUGAAAAGAGGAUUUGAAUUUACACUUAUGGUCUUGGGUGAAUCAGGACUGGGUAAAUCGACCUUGAUUAAUAGUUUGUUCCUCGGGGAUCUCUACAAGGAAAGAAAAAUACCAGAUGUCGGAGAGAGAGUGGAAAAAACGACAGCAAUCGAGAAAAAGACGAUGGAUAUCGAAGAGAGAGGAGUUCGAUUGCGUCUGACGAUUGUUGAUACACCAGGCUUUGGUGAUCCUGUCAACUGUGAAGACACGUGGAAGGCAUGCUCUGCGUAUAUCGACGAACAAUUCAGGCAAUAUUUCACCGAUGAGAGUGGAUUGAACCGAAAAAAUAUUCAGGACAAUCGAGUCCACUGUUGCCUGUACUUCAUCCCUCCCUACGGUCACGGAUUGCGACAAUUGGACUUGGAAGUACUUAGACGUCUUCAUAGAAAAGUUAACGUCGUACCAGUGAUUGCAAAAGCCGAUACACUCACCACGAAUGAAGUGAAAAAAUUGAAGGAACGAAUUUUGGCGGAUAUCGAGGAGCACGAGAUUCAAAUUUAUCAAUUCCCCGAUUGCGACAGCGACGAGGAUGAGGAAUUUAAACAACAGGAUAAGGAGCUGAAAGCAACAGUGCCAUUUGCAGUCGUUGGUAGCUCAACUGUCCUGGAAGUUGCUGGAAGAAAAGUCAGAGGAAGACAAUAUCCCUGGGGAGUAGUCGAGGUGGAAAAUCCAAAACACAGCGAUUUUGUUAAAUUAAGAACAAUGUUGAUAUCAACUCACAUGCAGGAUCUCAAGGACGUGACCCAGGAUGUUCAUUACGAGAAUUUCAGGGCCCAAUGCAUCUCUCAAAUUUCUCAGCAAGCCAUCAGGGAGAGAAGCAAACUGAAGAGAGACUCUGGACCUCAUUUCGAGAAUAGUAUAUCUGAUACCGAUCGGCUUUUAUUGCAGAAGGAUGAAGAGAUCCGGAGGAUGCAAGAUAUUCUUGCGCAAAUGCAAGAGAAACUCAAAGCAAGUGGUCAAGUCGGUGGUGGUGGACUUCGGGGACGAGUUGGAAGUCUCGGGAAUGAUUUGGAUUCUGUGGAGAUCGACAAAAAGCGCAACAGUAUUAUCGAUGUUUGAGUAAUUAACGUAAUCAGGGUAAAUACUCUGGAAUGCUCCACCAAAUAUUUCGAUUACAAUUGAUUUAUUAUUUUUAUACAAUGAUCGUUGUACUCGCAACCGAUUUUUUGGGUAUAUCUUCAGACGGAAGGGAGAUAGAGAUAUUUUCAUUGGGACCUUUUUUGUAGCUCUCGUCUUUACUCAUUAAAAAUGUUAUUACAAAAAUAUCGAU